UCUUUCCCUCUUACUGUCUUCCUUCAUAUCUCUCUUCACUGCCCUACAGUCUCUCUCCUCUCCCUCUCUUUCUCUUUCUUUAUUGAUUAUAAAUGAAAGACAAGUCUUUAUAUAAAGUGCUCUCCCGGAGCUGAGCUCUUCGACGUGGUGGAUUAGCCUUAGACAGCCGCACUCGCAGCACGUUUGAUUCGGUUUGAUUUUCCAAGGCGUAAGCUCUCUAAAAGGACAACUCACUGGGCCUCCGGCAGAUAAGAUGUCCUGAUAAAUGUUACAUUUUAGCACUUCAUUAUUGCCUUCAUUUUCCUACUAUUUAUACAUACUAAACUCAUUUAAAAUCUUAAAAGGAUAUAUGUUUUCUUUGAAUGCUUUUACCUGUUUAUUUUAUAAACAAUUUCUGAAAUGCAGUGUAUUUACAUUAACAAUUUAACAUGACUACUUGAAUGACACUCAGUCAGUCUAAGUGAAUAAUUAAUUUUUGCUAUGUUUGUUAGCCUCCGCUUGAUCAGAACCACAGGCAGGUCAGACUAGUGCUGUGACACACCUCCAUCUCCUAGUUCCACAGUGGCAGUAUCUAUGGAAACUGUACCACAUCACCGCAGCAUUUCAGAAAUUCGUUUUUGGGAAUGUUUUUUUCCAUAUUUUUUUUAAUAGGCUAGUGCAGUAGAGUUGUUUCGUACGUGGGGAUUGGACAUCAGGCAUUGUGGUUUGACCCGCGGAUUUCUCUAAAGCAUUUUAUUCUAAAAGCAAUGACCAAUAUUUAACCUCACAUUUGAGUCAAUUAACUCGAGCCUCAGUGUCUCAAAGCCGACCUAUGUUCAACCUCUGCUUUGUUGUGUAAUCAUGGUUUUAAUUCUGUUGCUUUCUUUUCUCCCAUUACUCACCCUUGCAUGUCAUAAUCCAUGUUGUUUUCCUUCUUGUGUUAGACGAGCAUGACUUUGAGCCAAUCUGCAGAUGCAUGCACAGGGUCCAAGUGAGCGAGCGCCACCCCCACCUGCUUUCCGGCUUUGAAGCUGCCUCUCAGUGGGGGUGUGGUGUCGGGGAGUAGCUAGGCCCCCGCACCCCCAGAGUCAACCCCCCUGUGGCUGCGCGUCAGCCUGGCGCCCCCUGAUGGAGCAGGCUUGUAAUGAGCAGAGUCCAGAGGAGCCGGACGCGGGAGGCCGGGUCGAGACGGAAGUGGGCCGCAGGGCGUCCGAGUCGGAGCACGGCCUGUCCAAAAUCACCCACAAUGCACUGGAGAACAUGGGCGUGCUGGGCCACGGCCUGAAGCAGCUUUUCCAGCCGCAGCGCCGCCGCUCGUCCGUCUCCCCGCACGACGCCGCCGCCUCGGCGCCCCCGUCCUCAGGCGGCCCCGCCCCGGAGCCGUCUGACGGCGGGGGGCCCGAGGUCGGGGACGCUCCAGCUCCCUUGGCCCCCGGUCUGGACUCUGACCCCCACGCUGCUUCCUCCGCUCCCCCCGCAGCUCUGAGCCGCGUUCUGCAGCAGAUCCGAGGCGCGCCCCCCAUGAUGAAGCGAGGGACCAGCCUGCAGAGCCGCCGCAGCAAGACGGGGGACCCCCCCCAGAAAGGCAGCCCCCAGAUCCACCGGAGGAGUACCCAGGAGGUCAUGCUUCUGCAGGCCGGCCGUCCGCGCUCCUCGUCCACCACGGACACGCCCACCAGUCCCGCCUUGGCCGACAUGCUGCUGACCUCAGGGUACCACUCCACCGAGGAGCCAGACCGGCUGGAUCGCCUGGAUGGUUCUGGCCCGGCCGUGUCGCCCAACGCCCUCUCCUGUGGUGCUGACGGCUACGGGGCGGACACCGUGGACAGCACCCCCGACCCCCAGCGCACCAAACAAGCCAUCGCCCAACUUCAGCAGAAGAUCCUCAAGCUCACCGAGCAGAUCAAGAUCGAGCAGACGGCCCGGGACGACAACGUGGCCGAGUACCUGAAACUGGCCAACAACGCCGACAAGCAGCAGAGUGCUCGCAUCAAACAGGUGUUUGAGAAGAAGAACCAGAAGUCGGCCCAGAGCAUCCAGCAGCUGCAGAGGAAGCUGGAGCACUACCAUCGCAAGCUACGUGAGGUGGAGCACAACGGGAUCCCCCGCCAGCCCAAAGACGUGCUCCGAGACAUGCACCAAGGCCUGAAGGACGUUGGCGCUAAGUGUGCCACUGCAACUGCUAAUGUCACUGGUGGGCUCUCCAGCUUCUCCCACGCCACACACUCUGCGGCCGGGGCCGUGGUCUCCAAGCCCAGGGAGAUUGCUUCCCUGAUCCGCAACAAGUUCGGCAGCGCGGACAACAUCGCGGCCCUGAAGGACUCCCUCGAUGAACCCCAGGAGGACGGUCAAGGCUUGGGGGCCAGAACCCUGGCGGGGGCCCCCAGCCCCAAGUACGGCAGUGAGGACGACUGCUCCAGCGCGACCUCUGGCUCUGCAGGAGCCAAUAGCAUCACUGGGGCCCCCGGGGGCCCGCCCAGCACGAAGGGCCUGAACAUCCUGGAGCUCGGCCAGGCAUCGGGCUUGGACACGCUGCUCCACGAGGUGCAAGAGCUCCGGGAAAACCAGGGUCUUCUGGAGGAGUCAUUUGAAAACCUGAAGAGCCAAUACCAGAGGGACUACACCAUGAUCAUGCAAGCGCUGCAGGAGGAGAGAUACAGGUGUGAGCGUCUGGAGGAGCAGCUCAAUGACUUGACAGAGCUGCACCAGAAUGAGAUCCUCAAUCUGAAGCAGGAGCUGGCCAGCAUGGAGGAGAAGAUUGCUUAUCAGUCUUAUGAGAGAGCUAGAGACAUUCAGGAGGCGCUGGAAGCGUGCCAGACGCGGAUCUCCAAGAUGGAGCUCCAGCAGCAGCAGCAGCAGGUGGUGCAGCUGGAGGGCCUUGAGAAUGCCACGGCCCGGACCCUCCUGGGCAAGCUCAUCAACGUCCUCCUGGCCGUCAUGGCUGUGCUCCUGGUGUUCGUCUCCACGGUGGCCAACUGUGUGGUGCCCCUGAUGAAGACGCGCAGUCGCACCUUCUCCACGUUGCUCCUCAUCGUCGUCUUCGCUUUCCUCUGGAGGAACUGGGAGGUCAUUUCGCAGUACCCGGACCGCUUCCUGCUGACCCCGAGUUGACCUGCAGCGGGGGGUGGGU